AUGAACUACAUUGGACUACGGAAUUGUGCAAGAGCUGUUUCCAGCAGAGUUUCCAUUCCAUCAAGAGGUAUUAAGAGUCAUAUUUUAACAAGUUAUAGAGCCAUGUCCUUAGACGCAUCCAAGGUUAAAAUCACCAAGGUCGAAACCCCAUCGAAGCCACGUCCAAACGAUGAGUUGGUUUUCGGUCAAACUUUCACUGACCAUAUGUUAACCAUCGAAUGGACAGCUGAAAACGGUUGGGGUGUCCCAGAGAUUAAACCAUACGGGAACUUGUCGUUAGAUCCAUCCUCGUGUGUGUUCCACUAUGCUUUCGAAUUGUUCGAAGGUUUGAAGGCGUACAGAACCCCAGACAACAAGAUCAGCAUGUUCCGUGCUGAUAAGAAUAUGGAACGUAUGAACAAGUCAGCAGCCAGAAUCUGUUUGCCAUCUUUUAAUUCGGAUGAGUUGAUCAAGUUGAUCGGUAAGUUGAUCGAACAAGACAAGCAUUUGGUGCCUCAAGGUCAAGGUUACUCCUUGUACAUCAGACCUACAAUGAUUGGUACUACUAACGGAUUGGGUGUUGGUACUCCAGACAGAGCUUUGUUGUAUGUGAUCACAUCUCCAGUGGGACCAUAUUACAAGACUGGGUUCAAAGCCGUGAGAUUGGAAGCUACGGAUUAUGCUACUAGAGCUUGGCCAGGUGGUGUUGGUGACAAGAAGCUUGGUGCCAACUACGCACCAUGUAUCUUGCCUCAAUUGCAAGCUGCUGAACGUGGUUACCAACAAAACUUGUGGUUGUUCGGUCCAGAAAAGAACAUCACUGAAGUCGGUACUAUGAACGUCUUCUUCGUGUUCAAGGACUCCAAGACCGGCAAGAAGGAAUUGGUUACUGCUCCAUUGGACGGUACCAUUUUGGAAGGUGUCACUAGAGACUCUAUUCUACAAUUGGCCAGAGAAAACUUGAACUCUGACGAGUGGAUCGUCUCUGAACGUUACUACACUAUCACCGAAGUGGAAGAAAGAGCUGCCAAGGGCGAAUUGGUCGAAGCGUUCGGUUCCGGUACCGCUGCUGUCGUGUCUCCAAUCAAGGAAAUCGGCUGGAACGGUCACGAUAUCCAAGUGCCAUUGUUGCCUGGUGAACAAUGUGGUCCAUUGACCAAGCAAGUGGCUGAAUGGAUUGCCGAUAUCCAAUAUGGCAGAAAAGAACACAAGGGAUGGUCCCGUAUCGUUGCUGACUUGAACUAA